AUGGCUUCUAAAAACCCGGGUGCUUGUUGUGUACAUGCUACUCUCCAUGAAGGAGAGCCAAAAGGUCAACAUCAAAUCGUUGCUGGUGUUGAUUCCUACGUUGCUGGUGCUGAAAAUGGUAACGAUAACAUCAUUGUAAUAUUACCUGAUAUAUACGGUUAUAAGUUUAAGAAUAAUAUGUUAAUUGCUGAUGAGGUUGCUAGACUUGGUAAAUACAAGGUUUUGGUUCCUGAUCUUGCUGAAGGUGGGGAUCCACCGGCUAGUUUGGAAUUCUUACCAGCUUGGUUUGAAAAACACCCCAAUGAAACAACAACCAGAAUCGUGAAAGAAUACUUGACAACCUUGUAUAAGGAGACCACACCUAAGUUCUUGGGUGGUAUUGGACAUUGUUAUGGAGCUAAGUUUGCCAUUGAACAAGCUUCGAAAGAUGGAAACUUUGAUGCAAUUGCCAUUGCCCAUCCUUCCCAGGUGAGCAUUGAUCAAGUGAAGGCACUCACCAAGCCAAUUCUUAUUUCAGCAGCUGAAACUGAUCCCAUUUUCACUCGUGAGUUGAGAUGGGAAACCGAAGAAGCCUUGACUGAAAUUAAGGUUAGAUACCAAAUGGAUUUGUUCCAAGGAGUAUCCCAUGGAUACGCCGUCAGAGGUGACAUUACCAAUCCUUCAGUUAAAUAUGCCAAAGAAAAGACCUUAACCGACCAACUCGCUUGGUUUUCUCAAUUUAAAUAA